UUCAGCGUGUCUGACUGCACACGUUUUAAAAGAAAAGUACUGCAAAGUGACAGUAGCUGAUCUGGUCUGUCUUUGUAUGAAGCUUGCGCUCCGAAAAUGUUGAGGUUUACAAAAUUGAUAUCAAAGCAGAUGAGGCAUGUAAGGCUUGCGUUCAGAAGAUGGAAUAGCAAUUCCAUGAGUAACCGAGCAUUAGGAUAUAAUGUUGGAGAAGAGAUUCAUGGAUUCACUGUAAAUAAGGUAACUAAUAUUCCAGAAUUGUUUUUGACUGCUGUAAGACUUGACCAUAUUGACACUGGAGCCCAGUAUCUGCAUUUGGCAAGGGAUGACUCCAACAACCUUUUUAGUGUCCAGUUUCGCACAACUCCAAUGGACAGCACAGGUGUGCCGCACAUUCUUGAGCAUACUGUCCUCUGUGGAUCUGAAAAGUAUCCAUGUAGAGAUCCUUUCUUUAAAAUGCUGAACCGAUCACUUUCCACAUUUAUGAAUGCAUUCACAGCUAGUGAUUACACAAUGUAUCCAUUUUCUACUCAGAAUUCCAAAGAUUUCCAGAAUCUUCUGUCUGUGUAUCUAGAUGCUGUAUUUUUUCCACGUCUGAGAGAACUGGACUUUUGGCAGGAAGGAUGGAGACUAGAACAUGAAAUUCCAAAAGAUCCCCUGUCUCCCUUCGUUUUCAAGGGAGUUGUCUUUAACGAAAUGAAAGGUGCAUUUUCAGACAAUGAAGCACUGUUUGCACAACACCUUCAGAAUAAACUCCUUCCUGACCACACUUAUUCAGUGGUAUCUGGAGGAGAUCCUUUACAUAUACCGGACCUCACAUGGGAACAGUUAAAGCAGUUUCAUGCAACUCACUACCAUCCCAGCAACGCAAGAUUCUUCACAUAUGGUGACCUUCCACUAGAGCAGCAUUUAAAACAGAUUCAUGAAGAAGCUUUAUGUAAAUUUCAACAAAUCAAGCCAAACACUGCUGUUCCUCCACAGUCCUUGUGGCAUAAACCUAGAGCGCACCAUAUAAAGUGUGGUCCUGAUUCACUUGCUGCUGAUCCUGCAAAGCAGACAACUGUGAGUGUCAGCUACCUCCUAGCAGACAUUACAGAUACUUUUGAAGUUUUCACGUUGAAUCUUUUGUCCACGCUGCUGCUAUCAGGACCAAAUUCUCCAUUCUAUAAAGCCCUAAUCGAGGCCAAGAUUGGUACAAACUUUUCUCCUGCUGCAGGAUUUGAUGGAAGUACUCGUGAAGCCUGCUUUAGUGUAGGCCUACAGGGGAUUGAAGAAAGUGAUGUUGAACCCAUCAGAGGAAUCAUUGCAAAAACAAUUGAUGAAGUAAUAGAAAAUGGGUUUGAAGAAGAGAGAAUUGAAGCUAUUCUUCACAAGAUUGAGAUCCAAAUGAAACAUCAAACCACAAACUUUGGUCUCUCUUUAGCUUCGGCCAUAGCAUCCUGUUGGAAUCAUGAUGGAGAUCCUGUUGAGGUUUUAAAGAUUGGCGACAAAGUAACACAGUUCAGAGAAUGCCUCAAGAAAAAUCCACAUUUUCUUCAAGAAAAGGUCAAGCAGUACUUUAAGGAUAAUUCCCAUUGUCUGACUUUGACGAUGAGCCCUGACGAUGCAUACUUUGAAAAGCAAGCCAGAGCAGAACAGGAAAAAAUAAAAGAAAAGGUCAUCAGUCUCACAGAUGAAAAAAAGAAAGAAAUCUAUCAAAAAGGAUUAGAACUGCUAGCUCUUCAGAGUGCAACUCAGGAUGCUUCUUCACUGCCUGCACUGAAAGUAUCUGAUAUUCAGCCCACCAUCCCAUUUACAGAAGUGGAAAUGGCUUUUGCAGGUGACGUUCCUGUCCAGUAUUGUGCUCAGCCAACAAAUGGUGUUGUUUAUUUCCGAGCCUUGUCAAGUUUAAACACGCUACCUGAGGAACUAAAACCAUAUGUUCCACUUUUCUGUCAUGUCAUUACAAAAAUGGGGUGUGGAAGCCUAGAUUAUAGGCAGCAGGCCCAGCAGAUUGAGUUAAAGACUGGAGGGAUGAGUGCUUCCCCUUGCAUUGUUCCAGAUAAUUCAGACAUGGAUGUUUAUGAGCAGGGGGUUUUGUUCUCCUCUAGCUGCCUGGAGAGGAAUCUGACUGACAUGAUGUAUUUGUGGAGCACUGUUUUUAACAACCCACGAUUUGAAGAUGAAGAGCGUCUACGAGUGCUGGUUAGACAGAUUGCUCAAGAAUUGUGUAAUGGUAUUCCUGAUUCUGGACAUGUUUAUGCAGCAGUCAGAGCAAGCAGGACCCUCACUCCAUCUGGAGAGGCAGAAGAAGUCUUCGGUGGCAUGAAUCAGGUAAAACUGAUGAAGAGGAUUGCUGAAAUGCCUGAUUUAACAACAGUAUUAAGAUUGUUGCCUCGCAUUAAGUUGCAUUUACUGAACAGUGAUAACAUGAGAUGUGCUUUAAAUGCCACACCUCAACAGAUAUGUAAAGCAUCAGAUGACAUUAACAUGUUCAUUAGAGAAAUCUCCCGAAAGAAAAAGGACAGAAAAUUACUCAGAGCACAUGUCAUUGAGAAACCUUUGAAUCCUGCACAUACUGGAAGUUCUGCCACUUACGGUGUUAAAGUUACAAGGAAAUUAAUAUCUGAUCCAACCUUCAAACCCUGUGAAAUGAAGACAUACUUCCAGUUUCCUUUUCCUGUACAUUUUGCUAGUGAAUGUAUUCGCACUGUCCCAUACACAGACAAUGACUACGCUAGUCUACGCAUCCUGGCACGGCUGGUGACGGCUAAAUUUCUUCAUAGUGAAAUUAGAGAAAAAGGAGGAGCCUAUGGAGGUGGUGCUAAGUUAGGACAAGGUGGAAUAUUUACAUUCUACUCGUACAGAGAUCCAAAUUCUACAGAAACACUUGCAUCCUUCACAAAUGGAGUGAAAUGGGCAAAGGCUGGAAAAUUUACUCAGCAGGACAUUGAUGAGGCAAAGCUUUCUGUGUUUUCAUCUGUUGAUAGUCCCAUCGCUCCAUCAGAUAAAGGCAUGAACUGUUUCCUGUAUGGCAUUUCUGAUGAAAUGAAGCAAAGACACAGAGAACAGUUGUUUGCUGUCACGCAUGAUGACCUUGUUAAGGUGGCCAAUAAGUACCUUGCAAUAGGACAGAGCACACGAGGAGUUGCCAUUGUAGGACCAGAGAAUGAAAGCAUAACCAAAGAUCCCUCUUGGGUGAUCCGAUAAUUCAAAAGUGAUCACAGUACUAGAAGACUUGGACACCACAAACGGCGUGAACUCACAUGAGAGCGUACAAAGAUGAUUCAGCAUUCCAGAUUUUGCACUGACUGUGAAAUUCAAUAUUUUGCCCCGUCUAUUAUUCAGAUAGUAGUGUUAAUGCAUUAUGUAAAGAAAAAACAAAUAUGACCAAGUGUUUUUAAGACUGCAGUGGCUGUGUAUAUAAAAGAGAAUGAAGACUUAGCUUCGUCCCUCCCCUAUGUAGGCAUUCUGAACUACACAGGUGUGAGCAUAAUAUACAUAUGAAAGACUCCAUAACUGCAUUAACAAGUACAUUUCUCAUUAACUUGAAACAUUUACUGUGCACCUUUUAUAUUUUAUCCUGGAUCUGAAUGGGAUUUCAAAAAAUUAUUUGCACAUAUGGAAACUGUUUCUGAGAAGGAAAAAAGCACACAUGGAUAUUUGUAGCUAGAAAUACUGCCAAAAGUUCUUGAUUUUUUUUUUUUUUUUUUUUUGCACUGUGUGCAAGGAUUGACUACAUUUUCUGUACCUGACCUGACGUACCAUGGAAAUGAGAACUGUUGGCAUGAAAGAAGAAUAGAAAGAAAGAAAAAAAACGAUAGUUUCAGGAACACUUCUGUUUUAGCAAGACACUUCUUAGGACCUUAGUCACAGUAUACAGUGAUGCAACAUGCUGUCUUGGUACAAAUGAGAAUAUGUCUCUGUAGAUGUUUGAUUUUCAACAAAAACUGCAUUUUUGGAAAUUCUACUUGAAGGUAUCUCCAAAAAUGAUUCUCUAAUGCUGUUGAAAGAUUUACUUGUAUAGCAUUGUUUCACAGAUGACCUAGAAAAUAUUUAUUCAUCUCAUGAUUGCUGGAGCCUUAGAUUUCUAAAAGAAGUAUAUUGCAGAUUUGUAAUGCUUUACAUAUUUAACAGCUAAAAAAAGUUGGUUGAAUUAGUUCUUAA